AUGCGUUCUGCGAGCCUCGUUCUUGGCUCCUUGGCCGUGUUGGCAAAUGCCCAGUCUGCAUGCGCUGCGCCCGUCACUGAGACGAUGACUUCUACUGCUGCUGCUCCCUCUGAGACUUCGGCUUCUACCACAUGCACCAACCCUCCCAAGAGGCAAGAGUGGCGACAACUUUCCACAACGCAGAAGAAGGAGUACAUCGACGCCGUCCUGUGUUUGACGACAAAGACAGCCGUCUCUGGAAUCGAUGGGACCGUCAACCGCUUCGAUGAUCACCAGGCCGUGCACUCUGAGCAGACACCAGACAUCCACUGGGUAGGCCAUUUCAUCAUCUGGCACCGCUACUUCGUCGCCACCUACGAAAAGGCUCUUCGAGAAGACUGCGGCUACACCGGUGCCCAGACCUACUGGGACUGGUCUCUAGACGCGGAGCCUUCAAAUCCCAACUCCACCGCGCCCUAUGAAACCGACAUCUUCGACCCCACCACCGGCUUCGGCGGCAACGGACCCAAGGAGGAGCCUACGGCUGACCAAAACCCUCUUAAUAUUACCGGUGGUACGGGAGGUGGCUGCGUCCAAGACGGUCCCUUCGCAGCCCCAGCCUUUUACGUGAAUGUACCAGAGAAGGACUGCCUCCGACGCGACUUCAUCCCCUGGAUCAUGAAUGGCUUCGCGGAUCCCGCGCUCGUAGCAAAGGUACUCGAGCAGCCUGACUACACCUCCUUUGCGCGCGAGCUCGAAGGAACCCCCAGCUUCGACGCGAAGAACAUUCACGGCUCGGGUCACUUUGGUGUUGGUGGUGUGCUGGGGCAGAUUGGCAAUGCGGCGAACAGUCCUGCUGAUCCAUUAUUCUACCUACAUCACGGCAACCUAGACCAUAUCUUUUGGACGUGGCAGCAGAAGGACUUGGCAGCCAGAUUGGACCAAGUUGGCGGACCCAUCAUUCCCUUCGAUUACAGCGGGCAGAAUGUCACCCUCGACUUCCAGAUUAACAUGGGGGCAUUGUCGGGUAACGCGACGCUGAAGGACCUGCUGAACACUGAGGGUGGUAUACUUUGCUACACCUACGAAUCCUGA